AUGACACCUACCGGACUAAAUCAUGGGGGCGGGGGUCCGAGCACACGGGUUCCGGUCGAAUUACCAAGCUCGACUUUAAUUUCGACAUCAACACCACGGGAAGAGCUGGGGAGUGUAGAUGUAAAAGAAGCGCAGAAAGAGUCAUCGUUAUGGAGGAGAAUUUACAGGGUUCUGACUUGGACACCACCGAAUUGUCGCUGGGAUCCUGAUAGACCGCCGCAAUUCUCGAUGAGCAUGAAUGUGCUGUUUGCUUUUGCUGCUGGAUUUACCGUUGCGAAUCUCUACUACAACCACCCGAUUUUGAACAUCUUGGCACAUGAUUUCGGAGUCAGGUAUGAGCAAGUCGCGCAGAUACCGACGGUCAUGCAAGCGGGUUAUGCGGCUGGGCUGUUAUUUUUAUGUCCGUUGGGAGAUUUGCUACCGCGAAGGCCGUUUGUGUGUGGAUUGGUGCUAUUUACUGCAACCAUGUGGCUAGGUCUCUGCCUUACAAAUGACUUGGGAACGUUUACCGCCAUCUCUUUCAUAACAGCCGUCACUACCGUCACUCCACAGCUUAUGCUUCCCCUCGUUGGUGACCUCGCGCCACCGAAUCGCCGCGCGGCAGCCCUUUCAGUGGUAGUUUCUGGUCUCAUGCUCGGCGUCCUAGUAGCCCGCGUGCUCUCCGGCACAAUGGCGAACUUUGUAACCUGGCGCGCCGUGUAUUGGAUGGCCCUUGGCCUGCAAUAUCUCAUCUUCAUCCUACUCUGGCUCUUUAUGCCAGACUACCCAGCGACAAAUCCGGGAAUGAACUACUUCAGGAUCCUGUGGGAUAUCGUGAAGAUGCUGUUCAAGCACCCCGCCCUCGUCCAAGCCUGUCUGGCUGGCAUGUUCUGCUCUGCGCCCUUUACAUCGUUCUGGACUACCUUGACUUUCUUGCUGGCUGGAGAUCCGUACCAUUAUUCCUCUCUGGCUAUCGGUCUAUUCGGGUUGAUAGGUAUAGCAGGCAUGCUCGUCUCGCCUGUAUAUGCACGCCUCGUAACAGACCGCUUUGUGCCGCACUUCUCCGUCCUCUUCGGUCUCUCUUGCUCGCUCACGGCCGUUGUCCUAGGCACAUAUAUCGGAACUUUCAACGUUUCGGGGCCCAUUCUACAAGCCCUACUACUGGACUUUGGCAACCAAACCGCGCAGAUCGCUAAUCGAAGUUCCAUCUAUGCGAUUGAACCAAGGAGGAGGAAUGGUGUAAACACAGCGUUCAUGGUGGCUACGUUUUGCGGACAACUUAUCGGCACCGCAGCUGGGAAUCACAUAUAUGCCGCAGCGGGCUGGAUUGGCUCAGGUAGCACGAGCGUCGGCUUCAUCUGUGCGGCGAUACUAGUGAUUGUGGCGAGAGGACCUUGGGAGGAGAAAUGGGUGGGUUGGAGGGGUGGAUGGUCCAUGAUCAAGAAGGACAAAAACAGCGCGGAUGGUAAGACGGCGGAGAAAGAGAUGCAUGGACGUGAGGGGACGGGGGAUGAGGAGUUGGGCGCGCGGGAGAAGGUGCUGGAGGAACUUGCGGCUGAAGAAAGAAACGAGAGCCCUCUACAUAGUGGUGGGUUGAAAGAGAAGGAAAGCAAUAGUGACAAAAGUGAUACAAGUAGCCUGGAUGGUCAAAUUAGACCGAUCAAGGUAUGA